AUGGCAAUUGAAAUUUAGUUGAAAAUCAAAUGACAUAAAAGAUGCAUCGAACCCAGACCGUAGCUUCGAAAAGUAAAAAAAAAUCUCAAACAUCAUCGUCGAAUAAAACAAAAGUGGCCAAAACAAAAGGUGCAAAAUGUGAAAGUAACGAUAAAAUCAAAUCAAAAAUGAAUUCGAGUGAGAAUGGUAAAUGUUGUGUCAAAUCAACGCCGAUUAAAGUUCAAGGGCAAAUCCAUAACGAUAAUGUGAAUCAUCUAGCAAAUCCCAGUCAAAUUAUGAAUGUUGGCGAUAGAAAACUUGAACGCUCCAACAGUUUUUUUCUCACUCGAAAAUUGUCAAAAAUCUACGAUUCGUUGACAACCAGCAAAGAAAGCAUAAAAGAUAAUAAUGACGGUAAUUCGUCAAAUAAACGUGAUACAAAAACACCAUUUAAAUUUAUACGAAGUGUCAGUUUGGCGGCCAUAUCACUGAAAAAAGAUUACCGAAACAGUAUGCGAAAACCGAAAUUGGAACAAUUGUCAGAAGAGGAUCAUCCAUAUGGUGUUCCAAUUGAGAAAUCAAAGCGAAAAUAUGACAAUAAAAAAUCAAAAACCGCAUCAAUGGACAGCCUGACGAGUCGUACAUCGGAAAAAUCAUUGAUUGCAUCGUUUAAGCGUACAUUCAGUUUGACGCCGUCCCGUCGGAAGGCAACAAAUUCAAAAUGGAGCGCAUCUUUGAUGAGUCUACAACAAAUUGAUGUGAUGAUUAGUUAUGAAGAUUUAAGUUUUAUCGAUUACGAUAAAUUCAACACGUAUGAAGAAAAUCUAAUGAAUAAAAUUAAAUCAUCAAACCAAAUUGACGUUAAUCGAGCGAGAGUUGAACAAUUUCCGGGCGUGAAAAUGCGUCAACGGUCAAAUACGGCAACAACACAUCAAUAUCAUCAACAACAACGACGUCAUAGUACAGUGUAUCAACAAUCAAUUCGAAUCGAUGGUGAAGAUGCAGCCGAUUGGAUAAAUGCCACUUCAAAACGUUGGAGUAAUCCAUGUUUUAGUGCAAAUACAAACGAAUGUAUGCUUUCAUCGAAUGGUGCAAAUGGUAAAGUUCAACCGCCAUCGUGCGGUGUGGAUGAAUGCGAUUUCAUUGCAAGCAACAACUUUGCAAUCGAUUGCAAUACAAACUUCACGAAAGUGGCUCAUUCCGUUGAUGACUUAACGGAAAAAUUAAAUGAGAAAACUGAUUUGUUGCUACACCAAACGCUAAAAUCCAAAAGUCUGACGCAUUUAGAUUCACUAGAACCACAUAAUUUAAUGCAAAACAGCGUUUUUCCAUCACAGCAAACUGAAGUGAACCAUUCGAACUUUUUUCGUAUUUACUUUGAUGUGAAUGCGGUCAGUGAGAAGGAGGAAAUAUUGCCGGCUGUAAAAGGAGCUACACUUGGGCAUGUAUUAAGUGAAUCACUGCUUCGACGAAAUUUAAGCAUUUCACAAUUGGCAAUCCAUGAACUUCCCGGAACAAGUGAUCUCAAAAUUCCAUUAACUCAACUCAACCACGUGAAUGAUAAAACAGACACUGGCCAAUUGGCUGGCAAGUACCUCAUUAUAACAGAACAAGACGGGGUCAAGUUAUAUCAUCCAUCUCUGCAGAAGGUCCCAUCAUUGCAAAGCGAUGGCCCGCGACCGAUGCGACUUUAUUCGUCCGUAUCAGCUGAAGAGGCAACUGAAUCAUCGCAUAUUUUCGAUUCGGUAAAAUCCAAUUUGAUCACAACGAAACCAUCAAAGCCACGCUGGUCAACAUUAUUUGGCCAAAAGAAUCCACAACAAGGUCAAUUAUGCGAAAUAUUAAACAGUUAUGCAAAGAAUGGUGUGCCACAGUCGAAAACAUUUUCAUCGUUUGAACACACGGAUUUAGCAUCAUCACUUCAUUAUAUGAACAACAUACAUGGUUCGUGGAAGGAAUUUGUGAAUGAAUCCAAUAUGAAGGAGCAUGAAAUCAAAAUUCAGUCCGCCAUCUGGGAAUUAGUUUCCACCGAAGUCGAUUACAUACAUGCGCUACAAACCGUUACAGAGCUUUUUUUAUCCUGUUUGGAGGCAAUUCAAUCGCAUAAAAUUUUAACGGACAUCGAUCAAAGCAAACUAUUUUUAAAUAUUCGAGAAAUUUACGAAGUUAAUAUUAAAUUUUGGACACUGUAUUUGUAUCCAAUGGUACAGAAUAGCAUUAAAACGGGAGCCAAAAUGUGCAUCGACUUCUUUCGGCCGGCAUUCGAAAACUUUCCAAAGAUUUUUUCGCCCUAUAAAAUUUACUGCGCUGAACAGAGUACAUGUCAAUAUUAUUGCAGGGAUUUAAAUGGAAGCAAUACACUAUUCACAUCAUAUUUGGCAUGGUGUGAAGCGCAAAAGCUCUGCAAUCGCUUGCGAUUGGCAGAUAUUCUGGUAAGACCUACACAAAGACUGACUAAAUACGGUUUGCUGCUGGGAGCAAUGAGAAAAAAUGUGGUUGACGAAAAUGAUGCUGAAUCCUUGGACUUAAUGAUUCACUGUGUGGAAAGUUUUGUAUUUGGCGUGAAUGUACACUUGACAAUGCGUCAAGAAAACGAAAGGCUAAAGGGUAUAAUGGCGCGUAUUGAAUCAUAUGAUGUUGUGGACACUAAUAAUGAGAACAUGGAGAAGUUAUUGAAACAACAUUGUACGAUGUUUGACCUUUGUGGACCGAUGAUUGGUGUUGCACAACCAAAUGGACGUCAUUUAUUUAUGGAAGGUGAUUUACGGUACAAAGAUAGCACAACUAAGGUUGACGUCCAUUGUUUCCUGCUAACAGAUUUGCUGUUAAUCUGCAAAAAGAAAGGAAUGGGCAAUUUGAAGGUUAUUCGACAGCCAUAUUUUACGGAUAGAUUGAAAAUACAAAUAAAAGACAGCACUUUAUACUUAAUUUAUUUGAACGAAUGGGAUCUGGCCAUAUCCGCAUUUACACUUCACUGCUCCGAUGUAGCGCGGAAUUGGUUCGACGCUUUAACAAAAACAAAACACAUUUAUUCAAGACUGAAACAAAGCUCACCAUUUGAUAGUUACAAUAUUAGAUACAGCACGGAAACUCUAGGCGUCCGAAAGUCACCAUUGAACAGCACAAUGGGAAGUCGACUAUCCAGUCUGAAUAAUAGUCACAGUGGCUCGGUGGAGUUGAACGAUUCGCGUAAUAUUUCAAUGGAUUAUGAAAAGGCAAGCUCAUUAUCAAGUGAUGAAAGUAUGCAAAUGGGUUCAGCCACAGUCGUGCAAGGAGGAUCAAAUGUACCAACAACAUCAAAAAAACUAUUACAAUAUACACCAAGCACAAAAUAUAGAGGCACAACACCGAAUACGUUGCUCAUUCAGCCAUUCGUUCAUUUGGGCCAAAGUUUACCCAAUUUGAAUUUGAAUGUAUCACAAACAUCUGCAAACAAUACGCUGCUUGUGCCUGGUACAUCAUCCGGACAUUCGAAUUUGUUGUCGCCCAGCCAAAGAGGAAUAAGCUACCCACCCCCAUCUCCAACACGAGCGAUCUUACGUCGUGGAUUUGCAUUUUCACAAUCGAUUAAAAAUCCACCGUUGAUAAAGUCUCGAAACAUUCAAUCUCAAUGCAGUGUAACGGCAAACGUACCGAUUCCAUUAAUUGGCACGGGUGGAUGUGGUGGUAAAACACCCGAAACCACUGCUCAAAUCAAAGAUACAUCGAAGUUACAAUAUCAUCAUACAUCGAUAACGGGUCCAACAAAACAUACACAAGUACAACAAAAACUGAGCAAUGAAUCAAUCGAUUUAACGUAUUCAAAUCAAAACCAACAAUCGAAAAAUGAGCAUAUUGUUUGACCAAUGACUAAAUUAAACUUACACAACAUCAACAACAGCAACAAUAGCAGCAGAUACAACAAUUCUAACGGCAGACAAAACCAAAUAAGAAAUCGUAUUUUUAAUUAUAUUAAGAGAUUAUGUCUUAUUACAUUAUUUAUUGUUUUUGAGAUUGUGAUUCUAGUAUUAUGAUAAAUAAUCCAGCUACAUAGAAUCCUGUUUGUGUGGAAUUUUCAUCGGAGUAACAAGUCGUACGGCCUGCCGCUUUCAACUUCGUAAGUGUUUGAAAAAGGAAGAAAUGCGAAAAAAGAGAGCAACAAAUGCGGUCUAAUCAACGCACAUAUAAAGCGCAAGCAAAUUUAUCUUUAAUAAAGACUUUUUGGCAAAAAGUUUUUGCAUUGCAAGCGCCAAAUUGUGGAUUUGAACGUGCUUUUCGAAUUUUUUUUCUCUUCGCACUUCAUUGUAUAAAUUGCUGAAAUGCGCAUAGCAGCAAAAAUAAAAGCUUAUGAACCAGACAACCUCGGUACGGUUGAGUUAUUAUCGUUAAAGGCAUUACACAAUUUCGAUUCAACGCAUGAUAUUACAAUGUUUUAAUGAGCAACGAAGAUGAAAGCAUUUUCAACCAAAAAUGUUCUUCCCAUGUAAGUUGAGUGCUUUUGUCACACUAUCGAUUAGAAAAUACACAUUAAAAAAAAAUAGAAGAAAGUAGCAUAAAGACAGUAAAUAAAACAUUUUAAUUGUUUGAAUGAACAUCAGAGUUGCGUAUUUUACACUGGAGGUGCGCGCACAUAGUAGACUUCGCACACACAUUUACAUAGAAGUUUCGCAGUUGUCGAAAAAUUCAAAACUGAUAUUUGAAAUGUCAAAUUUCUAUAUAAACAGUUUGUGAGUGCGAUGUCUACUAUGUGCACGCACCACCAGUGUGAAAAACGCAACUCUGAUGAGCAUUUUUAAUGGAAAAUGAAAUAAUACAAAAUAAUAAUUUACAAAAAAAACACGAUUUAAACAAAAAAGUGUAAAAGAAAAAUGGAGGGAAAUUCUUCGAUUCAAUACUUAAGAUUACUUUACUUGUUCAAACAUAAGUGUACAUUUCAAGCAGACACAUUGUGUUUAAUACAAUACUUAUUGUUUAAGAAUUUAAAAUAAUUUCAAUGUAGACUUUAGAUGGUGAUAACAAAAUUCAUUGACAAUGACUACUCUCGAGUAUUUUAAAUAAAAAAAAAGUAUCUACUUAGUAAAACAAUGGCUCUAAUAGUAAAAUGGAAUUAAUAUUGAACAUCACUACCAUUAGUUAAAAGAUAAAAAGGCAUAUAUAUAUAUACUAAAAACACACUAAGAUAAAAAUUAACGUAGACAAUAGUGUGUCGUUUAUUUAUAUAGUCAGUGGAAAUGAUUAUGGAUAAAAUGAAGAUAAAUGAGGAUUUCCUUAAUUUUUGUUGUCGUCAUUAAAUGUUAUCAUUUUGGCUUGUUUGCUUUUCUGCAGAUCAAACGCAUACGUCGUGUAUGAUAUGAAAUUGAAACAAAAAUAUGAUUUAUUUUUGUCUAUUUCUGAUUUGCAUGGAAACAAAUUUUGCUAUAUUACAUUUUGUAUUCAUAAAAAAAGAAAUGUUUUAUUUUUGUUUCAUCAAAUGCACAGAGGAAAAACGUUCACAUUUUUGACACAAGCGUUUUUUCUGUCAGAAAUCUAGCAUUUCUCUCAUGAACUUAUAACCAAUUAUUGCAUCCAUAUCAUGAGUGCCUGUGCUAUUUACAUUGUCAGUGAGAAUCACACUCGAGAAUGCGCCACCUAGAAACGUUGUCGUUUUUAUGAAUAUUGUUGCACAUUUGAAUGUUAUUCAUCUCAAAAACUUUUCUGAUUUGAGAUCAAUCGAUUGAAA